UUUAUUAAUAAUUGAGCACAGUAAUUUCAUUAAUAUAGCACAACGGUGUAGUGUAAUUGUCAUCGACGUUGAUGGCACAUGGAUCUGAUGUUACUGUUGUAUCAAGUUAAUGAUACUGAUAUCCAAAACUCAUCUCUUAUAAAUGAGUGGGAUUCGAGUAAUAGUUAAGAUAAGUCGCGGACAAAUUUUUCAUAUAAAAUUAGAAAUGUUGAGGUUGGUGAGAAAAAUUCAUGCAAUCCGAUUAUGGUAGAUAUCACGUACCAGACUAUGUUCACUGUGCAAGCACAAAAUACAGUUAAUGUUAAUAUAAAUUACCUUGACUCUUUCUAGCACAAAUCCCGGUUACACCGAGUCACUCGACAUAAAUCUGUACCGUUCUUGCAAUCGCAAGGGAAAUAAUUCAGGUUCGAGCGAUAAUUCUUUCACAAAUCCUCACCAGCGAAUGCAACAAAGUCACCCGCUUACUACUCGAGGGUCCCUCGUCGCUACACGACAGCUUCAUGGAUUACUUAAAGCUACCAAGUACAGUUCUGCUACCGAAUGCUAAACAAUAUCGUGUCAUUUUCAAUAUAACACAAUAACGAAUAUCCGUCAGUGCAUCGAUAGGGUUGGUAAAAUGAUUGACGCCUCGAACGACUGGAACUAUCUUACCCUGCGAUACUGGACUGAAUUAUUCAAUAGCAUCAUUUACGGGAGUUGAUACGACAAUGACCCUAUAAGGUACACCUCCCAUUCAUUUGCCGAAGUAUUAUAUUUCGAACGCGACGGUUGUACGGUGUCGUACCAGUGAAAAUGUCCGCGAUUGAGGCAGACGAAAACAGUACGCGCGAUACUUGUUACAUUCAUUAAUUCUCGCUCAUCUUAAUACAGUAAUUAUGAGUAGGUUCAUUCGUCUACUUACGACACUUAAUAAUCGAAUUAUCGCGAAAGUGUUAAUUUAUAUUUACUGUAACUUGGAUAGUCAUUUUGAAGACCGAGUUAAAAUUCUGAGUAAAGCACAGAUAUUCAGCAUUUCAGAAUCAAGGAGCUAAGGAUGUAUUCGAUCUCCACCACUACAAAUCGCUUAAAAAAUAUUUAAUCAUGCUCGGAUUGAAUCUGUACAAUGAGACACGGGGAAGUAGAAUCAGACAGAAGGUGGUGGUCUGCACCUUAGUCUUAGGCAUAAUACCUAUGGUAAAACACAUUUACAAUUUUAUACUUCGCAGGUCGACAUUCGAAAUUAUAUUAAAGACUUGUUUAACCUACUUCAGACAUUUUUAAAUAGUCAACAGCAGUUAUCUGUGAAUGUUUUGUGAUUCUCUUCACAUUUUUUUAUUACCUUUUUUCCAAAAGUGUAAUAUUAACUUAUCUGUGAUUCCACAGUUUUUAGAGUUAUGUGUAGUAAUCCGAGACACAGACUUCGACGGAAUGAUCGAUCAAGCGCCUCAUCUAAUCCUGACCAUUUGUAGUCUCAUUAAAUUCGAGAACAUUGUCCUCAACAAGAAACACAUUAGAUUAUUGCUAAAUAUUAUUCUAAAUGACUGGAAGAUAAUGGCAAAUGAACUACCGGUGUUGGAGAAAACAACUGCACAAGGGAACAGACUUGCCUAUUUAUAUAGAGUUACCUUACUGACGGCCGUUAUAUGUUUUAUAUAUAUUCCACUAAUAAAUCCGACAUUGGAUUUAAUAAUGCCACUGAAUGAAACUCGACCGAAGCAACAAUUAUACGGUGUUUGCUACAUAUUUAUAGAUAUCGACGACCAUUUUACCAGUGUUUUUCUGCAUUUGAGUUGGACCGCGUUCGUGAUAGUGUACAAUGUCGCUGCAGUAGAUUCUUUAUACAUAUUAAUCAUUCAUCACGUUUGUGGAUUGUUUGAUGUAUGUGGAUACCAGAUUGAAAUGGCAUUAGCAGAAAAUAAAGUACAGUACCAUCAGUUCAAGCUAUGCGUGAUAACCCAUCACAAAGCUCUGGAGUUAGUACCGAUUACAUUAAACUGUAAAUUAAGUAUCUUAUUGAUGCGUUAUUCGAUUCUAGGUUUUUCGGUUACCUACAAAAAUGUACUCAGAAUAUGUUCCUACUGUUGGUGGCAAUAAACAUGAUACUCAUCAGACGGGAG